CCAACUUUAUUCGGACAACCUUGAGUUAGAAACAGAGUCAUCGUGUGAAAGUCUCUGAAAGCAUCAGACUUGCAGAGAGGGAGACCUAAAAAGCUAUGGAGGAGAAACGGGAAAACGAAGACGAACCAAAUUGGAGCGAGCGCGUGGAGGAUCUCGUCGCAUCCGGUGACGUCACUGCGGCGAUCUCGUUUCUCGAGUCUUUGACGACCAGUCUCCAGUCGCGGAUCGGUUCUUCUUCUUCUUCAUCAUCAUCCUCAACGGAGUUGGGGCUUCAGCUAGCAGCGGCUCUAACCCAAUUGGCGAAUCUCUACUCUUCUCAGGGACUCUCCCUCAAAUCCGAUGAGCUUCUCACUCGUUCCUCCCUCGUAAAGCAACGAGCUUUGGAUCACGAUCUUGCCUCUUCAAGAGGUUCCUGUGAUGCAGAGAAUCAAACGAAGACUAGUGAUUCCAAUGUGGACGGUUGUUCAUCUAGUGAGUGCCCCUUGAAUUCCACAAAGGAUGAUGCUUCAGAUGAUGAUUGGGAAGCGCUUGCAGAUCGUGAACCGAACACGUUACUCUCUGUAGACGAGUUGCCUCAAAUAUCAAAGCUUUCGGUUGAAGAACCUAAAAUUGAAGGACCUAAGAGGCGUGGAAGGGGAAAUUUUACGUAUAACAAGGAUGUGAUGUAUAGUGAGUCGAGGUUUGAAGAUUCAGGAGAUAAUGAUAUGUCUCGUGGUGGCUUAGAGAAGACUGAUGAAUCACUGAAAGCCAAGUAUGGUACACGACAUGUACUCGUACUUGCUGAUUUCUCUCCAAAUUUGAGGACUACUGAUUUGGAGAGGCUUUUUGUGGACUUCAAAGACAGUGGAUUCCUCAUUCGUUGGGUUAAUGAUACAACAGCACUUGCAGUCUUCAAAACUCCUUCAACUGCGCAAGAGGCUUGCAAAAGUGUUCAGUGUUCAUUCACCAUACGUGUUCUUGAUGAUCAUGAUUCUCUUUUGGGCUCAAUAUCUGGAAAAGAUUUGGAACCGCCAUCUCAAAGACCAAAGACGUCAGCGAGAACAGCACAACGGUUGAUAGCUCACAGCAUGGGGCUGAAGCUACCGGCUUCUGGAUUCGGGUCUAAAGAGCUACGAGACCAAGAAGCUGCCAGGAAAAGCAGGAUUGUCUCCAGGCAGAAGCAAAGGGACGAUGCUUGGGGAGAUGACUGACAUUGGCCGGGCCCUACGGUUGGGUUUGCCCAUGUUUUAUGGCUUACCUGCUUUAUCAUUUGUGUGUGCUGAUUGGUGUAUACAUACAGAUUACAAGCCUCAGUCUUCACUUGAGUUGAUUAUUUCAUUAAGGCAAAAUGAUUGUAAUGUUUUUGUGUUGAAUUGAAUCGUUUGGAAAGUGGUUAAUGGCAUCAGCAACACCAAGUCUUGAUAUGCAUUGAUGUCCCACAAAUUGUAUUUUUUUUCUUAUCGACUUUAUAUUUUCACCCAUCUUUCUAUUUCAUUAUCAGUUUGGUGUUGGGACGCUCA